AAUUGUAUGAUAUAUUCGUUGUUCAUAAAUUAAAAAUGUUUUAUAAAUAAUUAUUUUUUAUAUUAUUAUGUUAUUAUAACUAUUUUUUUCUAAAUCAAAAUGGAUAAAUACGUCAAUAUGUAGUUUAAAAAUUUUGCUGCAACCUAACCUCUUUGAGAAAUUUGUUUAUUUUCAACAAUAUCAAGAUCUUCGUAAAAUCUUUGUACUAUCUCAAAAUUUAAUAAAAAAUUUAAAAAUUAUAUCAUUACAUAACAAGUUUUUGUAAAAAAUUGGAGAAUAUAAAUUUGUUCUCCAUCACAAAGAGUUGACACAUAUAUUACAUAACACAUAUUUUACAUAAACGAUGCAUCAUAAACAUUAUCACAUCCGAUUGUUUCUAUUUGAUUAUUCAAAUGCUCUCACAUCGUCUAGUUCGACUAGACGUAUAUGCUGUGUAGACUAUACGUGAAUUAUAAUCACCGAUCAGGUGUAAAACGUUAUAUUAAAAAGUAGUGAAUUUCAAACGUUUAUCGAUAACGUUCGUCCAUUGUUAAAAAGCAACCACGCUUUAUCUAUACAAUACCUAGCACAGUCUGAUUCUCGGAUUUUCAUAACGACUGUAUAAUAACAGUCAGUUUUAUUUAGUGAUCAUGGAACAAAUGAUUGCUUUGAGUACACAAAAUCCAUUAACUUUAUUAGUAAAGUUUGGAAUGAUGGCUUGGAAUGAUACCUGUGGCAAUGAAAAUUGCUCCGGACAUGGAGAAUGUCAUAAUGGUACUUGUUUAUGUGAGAUUCAAUUUGAUGGAUUAGAAUGUCAUGUUCCAAAUUUAAGUUAUUAUAUUGCAUUUGCCACAAUAUUUUUUAUGUUGGCAUUUGUCUGUUUAAUACAACUUAUUAUGUGUAUUAUCGCAGAAUGGCAAAAAAUGAAAGCACCAUCUUUUCUUAGAGCUUGUAGAGUUACAACACAAAAAGUUUUAUAUUUUAUUGUGUUUCUUGCAUCAUUGAUAAGAGGAGCAUAUUUUACAUCACCAACUGCAUUUAAAGAAGGAUGGUCUAGAAGUUUAUUAUCUGCAUAUUAUCCACUUGUUUUGAGUGGAUCCUCUUUAAUUGUUUGUUUUUGGGCUGAAGUAUUUCACUUGAGAAAUAUGUCAUGGGACAAACCACAAUUUCUUUCAAAAUCAUUCAUAGGUUUUGCUGUAUUCAAUGUAUUAACAUAUUCUCUACUUCUAGCAGAGUUUAUUAUCACUCAAUUAUAUUCUGAAGAAGAUCAGAGCUCUUACACUCAUAUUUUUAAUGGCUGUUAUGCAGUACUCUUAUUUAUUGUUGUGAUUUUCUUCUUAAUUUAUGGAGUGGAAGUAUACUUCAAAAUUCGAGGUGGCUUCUUGAAUGAUUAUCAAAAUAGUACAAUUUUGAAUAAACGUAUGGUUUCUGAUUUAAAAGUUAAUGCUGAAGAACAAGUUACUGCAAAAUUGUUUGAUGCUAUUCCAAGUACAUCGCAAUUAUCUCAAGUGCAAGAACAAAUAAAUAUUUCUCAGUUACAUCAAUCUCGUGUAGGAUUAUUAUCACAAGCUAUCAUGCUAUUUUUUAUUGUUGGAUUUUUAUGUAGUGAAACACUUAGUGAAUUUUGGAAAGCAAAAGUUCCUAUAUAUAGUAGGAAUUGGCAUGAUGUUGUUUUCCGUAUUAUUGAAGUAGGCGUAAUAUUAUGGUUUCCAUGUGUGUUAUGGAAUUGUUUUAGUCCAGAACAAUUAUGGAUUCUAAAUCCGAAACGUCUUUUAAAGCGAUUAGAUCACUCUAAGUAUAUAAAAGAAAUAGAAUUACAAGAUAAAGGUGGAGAACAAGAGACUGCACUUUUCUCAGAUGGAACGUCAAUUAGUAGUAAAGAUUGUUGGAUUUGUUAUGAUAGUGAAAGACAAGAUGCUGGACCAUUAAUACAACCUUGUCAAUGUAGAGGUGAUGUGAGUGCAGUUCACCAUAAUUGUUUGCGUCGAUGGUUGGUCGAGAGUUCUAUAAAUGCUGAUAGUCUUAGUUGUAAAGUAUGUGGUACAAAAUAUAAUGUUGAACAUGCAAGUAAAUUGGAUUGGCAAAAUGGUAUAACUUCGCGUCAUUGCUUGCAAACUAUUGCUAUUGUCACGACAAUGUGUGGAUCAUCAGCUGCUGCUUGGACUCUUAUUCAAUUAGUAGAAGGCCCAAUUAUUAGAAUGCUUGCAGCUGGUACUGCAUUAUUGGUUAUGUAUGUUUGUAUAAGGUUUUUAAGUUUAAACACAGUUGUAGCAUAUCAGCGUGCCAAAAUUUCAUCUUUAAAUAUUAUUAGUUCUGAUAAUAAUGGAAAUGCACAUGUAUCAACUAUUAGUCAUACAGUUUGUGUAGACUUGGCAAAAUCUGAAACAGCUACGAUAUAAUUGAUAUUUGACUUAUUGACUUGUAUUAAUGAUAUAACAUUUAUUUCAUCUUUAUUUAUAAAAAAAAUUAAGAAAGUUAGAACAAAAAUGUUUAUUGGAAUGUUAAAAGUGUAAAAUUGUAUAUGUAUGAUUUUUUUUACAAUUUUCCAUAUAAUUUUUGAAGUUAAUGUUACUAUUUAACAAAUUAUGGAAAAUCAUGUAAUAAUUUUCUUUAUUUUUAUAAUCAGAUCAAAUUUUCUUACGUUUUCGACUAUCUAUCAAGUUAUCUCAAAAUUAAAAUAUUU